AUGGCACCACUGGUCCCAUCUCUGGCGCAGAGCGAGUCAAAGCAGAAGUUCUUCGCGAGACUGGGGUUGAAUCCCUCCGAUCCGGUACACAAGCGAGUCUAUGCAUUGAUGAAGAUGGAGGCCGCUCAGGCACGAAGGAGAUUGCUUGAGAGCCAGACCAGCAGUACCGCCCAGAUACACGAGUCGGCCUGGCAGCGCGAGGUGAUGAGGGUGUACGACGACGCCUGUAUCGAGACUAAAGCGGUGUACAACUUCGGUCACGACACCGAGAAUCGAAUACGCCCUGACAACUGGAUCAUCCGCUGGCUGCUCUGGCAUGUCUUCCGGUACAGAGAUUAUCGAAACAAGGGGCGACCAGGGAACGCGCCAGAUGGGAGCAGCGGGGAAGGCGACGCAGACUCAACUCCGAGCGAUUCUCCGACGCCUCAUGGUGACACCUCAUCAAGUGAUAGUAAGACCGGAAAAGAGUCCGCCGGCGGCUCCAAGCGAUACUGGGAUCCCAUCAGAGAGCAGUGGCAAGGCUGA